AUGGGUGCCAAUGUUAUCACCGAAGUCCCUACCGUCCCCAUCGCCGCACCCAGCAGCAAAGCCCAUGCCACCGUCGUCGUCGCACCUGGCGUCAAGGUAACCCUACCCCCUUACUCUUCUCCACUCACUUCAGGCAACUAUUUCUUCCCGCUACAACUGCGUGGCCGUGCAGCAGCAGGGUCAUGA